GCACAUCAAGCUUAUUCUUUGCUGCGCUUUCGAACGCGUGGAAAGCCUCUCGAGUCCUCUCUCACUCUGAUUGGCUGAGAAGGGCGACAGGUAGCCAAUAGACUUAUUAACUCUUCCUUCGCCCUGGUUGGCUGAAAAAAAACGCCCGUUCUGAUUGGCUCUGUCGUUGGAGCGGCAUGCCAAAACUUUCCAGCCGGUCCUUCGAUCUGAUUGGCUGGAGAAGUCAGUCAACUGACUCGCAGGCAACAAACUUCUCAGCUGUUUCUCCUCGCUCUGCUUUCACACGCGCUCCGACACUGUCUCCUUAAAACGACCAAACAAAUGGACGUGCGUUGACUGUGAAAACAGAUGUUUCCUGGAGUGCAGCAGGACUUGCAGCCUUCUUCUACCUGCAGCUGAGCCUUGGUCGUCCUGUACUCGUCAGACUCGCCGAGAUGGCAGCUUUAAGCAGCCUUAACGUGAAGACUCUGGAAGAUCUGACUCUGGACUCAGGCUAUGGAGCAGGAGACUCGUCCGGGUCCUUGAGCCUGUCCUCGUCCAAGUCCAACUCCCAGCUCGUCUCGACUCCGCACCGGGGCAACUGGUGGCAGUGCUCGGGCUCCAUGGACAGCAGGCACGGCAGCUGGGACACUGUGAACACGGUUCUGCCGGAGGACCCGGAGGACAUCUUCUCCAAAUGCCCGCGCCUGCCGGAUCUGGAGGAGUUUCCGUGGACGGAAGAUGACAUCGACGCCGUUCUGCGCAAGGCUGCACCGGCCGCGUCGUUCACGGCCGAUUUCGUCCGCCGCUUCUCCGCGCUGUCCCGCAGGGCCCUGCUGCGCGUGGCCAGGGAGGCGCAGCGCCUGAGCGUUCUGCACUGCAGGUGCACGCGCUUCGAAGUGCAGAGCGCCGUGCGCCUGGUGAGCAGCUGGCGGCUCGCCGAGAGCUGCCUCGCGGCCACGGUGAAGGCCAUCUCCCUGUACAGCAUGAGCUCCGGCGAGUCUUUGCGCAGAGGGAAGUCCGCACGCUGCGGCCUCGCGCUCUCCGUGGGCCGCUUCUUCCGAUGGAUGGUGGACACGCGCGUCUCCGUGCGCGUGCACGAGCACGCAGCCAUCUGCCUGGCCGCGGCCGUGGAGAGGCUGAUGGAGGAGGUGGCCGGGAGUGCGCUGGAGGUGUGCGGCGGAGGUGCCCCCUGCUGCGUGGUGCACGUGGACGCCCUGGAGGCAGCGAUCAGUAACGACGCAGAGCUGUACGGCCUCCUGCAGAGCUACGAGCACCUCAUCUGCGGGAAGAAUGCCAACGGUGAGCUGUCUCUGCCUGCCCACUUCAGUCCAUAUGCUGGUGGUGGUUGUCAGUCCCCGGAGUCAGAGAGCAGAGAGGAUGCCUGUGCUCAGCUGGAGCUGCGGACACUGGAGCAGGCACUUCUAGCCACCUGCGUGGGCAGCAUUUCAGAGCUCAGUGACCUGGUGUCCCGUGCAAUGCACCAUAUGCAGCGUCUGAUCUCUGGGGGGCGCUGUUUCAGUCCUGGACGCCCCAGCCACACGCAGCCCCUCUCCUGGUCUGCUGAUGCCCUCCACACCCUGUACUACUUCCUCCGCAGUCCACAAAUGGAGUCCUUGGAGAACCCAAACCUGGAGCCCCCCAGGAUGGCCCUCAGCAAAGAGAGGCCCUUCCCCUUACUGCCCCCUCUGAUGGAGUGGAUGCGGGUUGCGAUGGUUCACGCUGAGCAUCGGCGCAGUCUGUUUGUGGACAGUGAUGAUGUGCGGCAGACGGCCAGACUUCUCCUGCCCGGACUGGACUGUGAACCAAGACAGCUGAAGCCAGAGUGCUGUUUCAGUUCUUUCAAGCGCUUGGACUCAAAAGCUGCGACAGACAAGUUCAAUCUGGAUCUGGGCUUUCGAAUGCUUAACUGUGGACGCACAGAUCUAAUUGGUCAGGCUAUCCAACUGCUGGGUCCAGAUGGAGUCAAUACUAUGGAUGACCAGGGCAUGACCCCUUUGAUGUACGCCUGCUCUGCUGGGGACGAGGCGCUGGUGCACAUGCUCAUUCAUGCAGGGGCCAACCUGGAUUUAGCGGUGCCCAGCUGCUCUCCAAAGCACCCCUCUGUUCACCCUGACAGUCGCCACUGGGUGGCACUCACUUUUGCUGUGCUGUAUGGACAUAUCUCAGUGGCACAGCUGCUGCUGGACAUGGGAGCAGAUGUGGAGGGCCGUGCCCUCAGGACUGGACACCAAGGUUCAGCAGAAACCCCCCUCCAGCUGGCAUCUGCUGCAGGAAACUAUGAGAUGGUCAGUUUGCUACUGUCCCGCGGUGCUGACCCCAUGUUUCGUGUGCAUAGUGGGAGCACUCUGACAUCACUGUAUGAGGAUAUGAACUGUUUCAGUCACGCUGCAGCACAUGGACACAGGAACGUGUUGAGGAAGUUACUGAGCCAGCCCCACAGGCUGCAGGAGGAUGUGCUGUCUCUGGAGGAGAUCUUGGCGGAAGGGGUGGAGGGGAAGCCGAAGGAUGAAGUUAAGGAUUCGCUCCGCUCUCACUCCUCCAUCAGCAACGGCAGCGUCCCAUACAUGUCCAAGGCCCAAAUCCGAGCCCUACAGGAGGCUAGCCUGCACAGUGCUGAACAUGGCUACCUGGAUGUGACCAUGGAGCUCAGAGCGCUCGGUGUCCCGUGGAGGCUGCAUAUGUGGCUAGAGUCUGUGCGCACUGCCCAACUGCAGUCCAGGAGCGAGGUCACACUUUCACUGCUGAGAGACUUUACCUCCAUGUGGCAGGACAAAUACUGUGAGGAGCUCAUCUCAGAUGGCCUGCCGCUGCUUUUCUCUAUCUUUAGAACCACCAAGAAUAAGGAGGUCCGUGAGUGGCUUGCUGUUAUUUGGAGCCACUGCUUUGGCUUUGCUGCGUUGCCUCCUAUUCCUGCAGCGAGGGACUCACCUGCUGCUCAGUUGGAUGCUCAUUUCCUGAAUAACUCUGAGAUGUCUGAUGUGACGUUCCUGGUGGAAGGCCAGCCGUUCUACGCCCACAAAGUGCUUCUCAUGUCUGCAUCUCAGAGGUUCAAAGAGCUGCUCAGCGUUUGCAGAUCGAGUGGCACAGCAGACCAUAAUAUCAUUGAACUCACUGACAUCAAGCACAGCACUUUCCAGAUGCUGAUGGCUCACCUGUACGGUGGAGUAGCUGGGAUUUCAGAAGUGUCUCUCUCAGAUAUGUUAGAGCUCCUGCCCGUGUCUCACUCCUUCCAGCUCAGCACCCUUAAGAGGCGCUGUGAAGUCUACUGUGCAGAGAGGAUGACCACCCGCAACACUGUCCUCAUCUACCAUACAGCCAAGGCGAGCUGUGCGGCAGAGCUGGCUGAAUUCUGCGAAGGCUUCUUCUUGCAGAACAUGCCCCAGAUGCUGCAGCGGAGAGAGUUUGAGGAGCUGCUGCUGAGGUCCGAGUGCAGUCCAGCCCAGGAGCCGGACACUCUGGAGGCCCUGCAGGCAACAUUGGCCUCCAGGCUGCGAUAUCUUGGCAGCUCAUUCAUAGUGUGAACGCAGGGGAGAAAUGUGCUAAUUGUGCCUGCAUGGAAAACCUAUUGAAGUGGAAAACUUGGCCCAA